CAGGCGGGGCGGCGGGCACCGAGUCACCAGGCACAACCGUGGGCUCCGAGUCAACUGGGAUGACCGCUGGCACUGGGUCAGACAUUGGAUCGUCUGGCUGGACAGCGGGCAUCGGGUCACCAGGCAUCAGGUCAUUUGGCUCGACAGCGGGCACCGCGUCAUCUGGCAAGGCAGUGGGCUCCGAGUCAACUGGUAUUGGAUCGUCUGGCUGGACAGCGGGCACUGGGUCACCAGGCAUCAGGUCAUUUGGCUUGACAGCGGGCACCGCGUCAUCUGGCAAGGCAGUGGGCUCCGAGUCAACAGGCACGACAGUGAGCACCGGGUCAUCAGGUACAGGAUUGUCUGGCUCGACAGCGGGCAUCGGGUCACCAGGUAUGACAGCGGGCACUGGGUCACCAGGCAUCAGGUCAUUUGGCUCGACAGCGGGCACGGAUCAGGUACCGGAUCAUCUGGAUCAACAGCGGGCAUCGAGUCAACUGGCCUAAUAGGAUCGUCAGGCUGGAUCAGUUCAUCAUGCUGGGUAGAGGCAUCAGGCCGAGUAGAGGCA